UGCAGAGGCAGGAGCCGGGAUCAGAUAUAGCACAGGGUUUCUGCUCCGGAUAUUUACUGAGUUCAUUUAUGGAACAAUUCAUCCUUCCUUCUGGGACUUGGAUAACUGGACUGUAUUUUCAAUUUUGCAGGAUUUAAUUGGAGUUUAUGCAAGGAUUUGUUCAUGUUUAAAAAAUAAUUCUUUAAAUUUUCAGCAGUACUGACAGCUUGAAUGAAAGUUUGUCUGGUUUACACUGGAGGGGUCUUUCUCCGGUUAAGAUCAUUUACAGAUGCCGAUUCUGAUUUGAGAAAAAACUCUAAAAUUUGGCUCAGUUUUAGAGGUUGAUAAACAGCUUUUUCCAUUGUUAGGAUAUUUAUGUUAAAGAGUUGCUAAAGUAUACAUGUUAGGUUAUAUCCCACCAUUGCAUUAUUGACAAUGCCAAAUAUCAAAAGAAGUAGAAGCAGCUGCAGCAGCAUGACUCUCCUGUAUAUCGUCUGGAUGCUGACAGUUUGUGUGGCUCCUGGGAGUCAGGGCCAGAGAAUGAAGGAGCCUGAUGGGGAGCAGCAAGUAGCUGAAGCCCAGCUGGGCGAAAAAGACGCCAUCUGCAACCAGGAGGGAUGCUAUGCCGUCUUCUUACAGAAGAAGAACUUCAGGGAAGCUAGGCAGGCCUGCCUGGAUCAAGGUGGGACCUUGGUGACGAUGUACACUCAUGAAGCGGCGGGUGUGGUCCACAACCUGCUGUCAGCAACUGCUGUGCAUGGAUCAAGAGCCAGGCUUCGUCUCUGGAUUGGGCUGCACCGACCUCCACGCCAGUGUUCAGUCACAAAACCUCUCAGAGGAUUCGUCUGGGUCACAGGAAAUCAGGAAGCUCAGUUUGCCAAUUGGAUCCGUAAAGAAAUGCCCAACACUUGUGCAGUACCUCGCUGUGUGGCCAUGACUGUGCAUACGUCUGACGGCGCAGGAGAGAGUGGCGAGAAUUUCCGUUGGGCAGAAGGACCCUGUGUCAUGAAACUGGAUGGAUUUAUUUGCCAGUACACCUACAGCAUGAUGUGUUCACCCCUGAAGGAUGAGGGUGGAGGUCCCGCUGUCUAUGAAACCCCAUUUCAUUUCAAAAGUACCCAAUUGACCCAUGUGCCUUAUGGGUCUGUAGCUGACAUGCCAUGUCCUGCAGACAGCUCCAAUCCAGAUGCUGAUUUCAGGGAAUCAGUACUGUGUAUCGAAAGAGAUGAUGGCACAGUGGGUUGGUCUAAAGAUGCCCCUCUUUGCUCUUCCGGUGCACCUAGGCAAACCCAGGAUUGGUGUAGCGGUGAGCAUGAAUGUGAGCAGCACUGCCAGAACAGGGAUGAGGAUUACUACUGUUACUGCUCUGAGGGCUACAUGUUAGAUGAAGAUGGCUACAGCUGCAACUUGGACCCUCUGAGCCAAACUGACCCUCCAGAGCUAUCAGAUUCUGCUUUUGCCACAGACAAGACCCCAGUCAAUCGGAUCUGUGUGGAUAUGGGUUGCGAAUAUGACUGCUCAAUAACAUCUCGGAGCAUUCGCUGCACCUGCCCCCCAGGCUACCAAAUAGGUCCAGACGGACACAAGUGUUUGGAUGUGGAUGAAUGCCAGCAGCAGCCGUGUCCGCAACUCUGUGUCAACACUCCAGGCACAUUUCACUGCACCUGUUACCCAGGGUACCAGCCAGACAAUACAGACGAAUGUGUGGACAUAGACGAGUGCCUGGAUGAAGGCACCUGUGCAGGGACUUGUCAGAACACUGAGGGUUCCUUCAACUGUCUGUGUGAAGCUGGCUUUGUAUCGAACAGUGAAGGAGAAUGUAUAGAUUUGAAUGAGUGCACAGAGUAUUCCCCUUGCGACCAGCAGUGUAUUAACUUUGUUGGAGGGUACCGGUGUAACUGUAAACCUGGCUUUGAACUGAAGAAAGACGGACUUACCUGCCAGCCUUCAACUUAUGACGAAGAAUAUUCCACUCUGAACCCUGACCCCAGUAUUUACGAUGAUCAGGAUACUCCCUGGUCCACUGUUGAUCCCUUUUUCAAAGCCGAUGUCAACUUCAAUCUCAACUGGCUGACAGAUUCCCCUCAGGGACUCACCCCUGACAUGGCUCAUCAGUCAGAUAACCACCUAAACCAAUGGGAUCACUUAUCACCAAGGCAAUACCAGACAGCCCCAUCCCCAACCCAAAAGAUGAGAAGAGGCAACAACAUUGAAGAUGAUGCUCACACAGGAGGUGGCAACUCCAAUGAUCAGAAAGUAAUUGAAACUGCAAAGAAGUCCACUACUGGGACUGAGGAGGCUGAGACACCUAAGAUAGACAGUACAGGUGAAACCAACAGUACAGCAGCGGUUAAAGACGGAUCUGAUGAUGUGAAACGCAAGCAUGACAAGAGCUGGCUACUGGUGGCUCUUCUCGUCCCUCUGUGCGUGUUCCUGGUGGUGAUGUUGGCUUUGGGAAUUGUCUACUGUACCAGCUGUGCAGUAGACAAGAGCCUCAGCUUUGCAGACUGCUAUCGCUGGGUGCUCCCUGCAACACCCCCAGAGAGGAGGGAAAGCAAAACCCAUGCUUGAACUCUCUCAUUAACAAAACAACAAAAACAAUUUCUUAACAUGUUUGUUAACAUUAUUCUGGUUUCUGGUGACAAAUUUGCUCACUAAAUGUAAAAUCUGGAUUUCAUACCAAGGACUGAUUUCACCAUUUUUGCUGCACAGCCUUUGUAAAUAGCUGACUAUCAUUUUCACAAAUUCAAUAAAAAAACAAACAAACUGA